AGCACCACCACCACCACCACACCACCCACUCUGACCCGGCAACACAUAGCUCGGCGGCCCCUGGACUGCAGCUAGGAUGAGGAUCUGGUCGUGGGAACAAUGUGGGGAGACCAGCCUGGUGUUACUGGGGUUCCUCACCCUGGCUCUGUCUGUAGGGAACCUCUCAACCAGGGGACAGGAGGAAGGGGCAGCCUCCAACAGUCUGGAAGAUGAGCUGGAGUCCACCACGUACUGGUGGGGGGAGUGGGCCAAGUGGACUGCCUGCACACGCACCUGCGGAGGGGGGGUCAUGUCCCAGGAGAGGCACUGUCUCAAACAGAGAAAGAAAGCAGCCGCUGCUAGAGACAACAUGACCUGCACUGGCACUUCGAAAAAAUACCUCCUCUGUAACACCAAGGACUGCCCUUCCUCUGGGAGAAGCUUCAGGGAAGAGCAGUGCUGGUCGUUCAACUCACAGGUCUACAAUGGCAGGAACUACCACUGGAAACCCCUGUAUCCGGAUGACUAUGUCCAUAUCUCCAGUAACCCAUGUGACCUGCACUGCACCACAGCCGACGGCCAGAGACAACUGAUGGUUCCUGCUCGGGACGGAACGUCCUGCAAGUACAGCAACUACAGAGGGGUCUGUGUGGACGGCAGAUGUGAGCCAAUCGGGUGUGAUGGAGUGCUUUUCUCGCCCAACACGCUGGAUAAGUGUGGAGUGUGUCAGGGGGAUGGCAGCAGCUGCAGCAGGGUCAAUGGAAAUUUCCGCCGCGGGGCCACCACUUUGGGUUACUCCUUCAUCACAUCAAUCCCUGAGGGCUCCUGGGACAUCCAGAUCAUUGAGAGGAAGAAGUCAGCUGAUGUUUUGGCUGUGACCGAUCAGGCAGGGAACUUCUUCUUCAAUGGGAACUACAAGGUGGACAGCCCCCAGAACUUCCACGCGGCGGGGACCGUCUUCAAGUACCGGCGGCCCAUGGAUGUGUAUGAGACGGGGAUCGAGUACAUCGUAGCCAAAGGGCCCAUCGACCAGGCCAUCAAUGUUCUGGUGUGGAACCAGAACGGUCGUAUCCCUUACAUCACGUACGAGUACACCGUCCUGCGAGAGUCCCUGUCCCCCGUCCCUCAACCUCCCGUCUACACUGGCCGCGACAGUACCGCCCCUGGGGUUUCCGUGGAGAUGGGCAGUAUGGUGGCCCCCAACGGGAGCACGUAUGACAAGGUAGCCCCUGAGACCCGGCAGAACCAGGUGCUGAAACAGGGGCCCAAGGCGGCAGGGGCAGAGGGCCAGAAAGGCCAGGAGACCAAUGAGGUGUAUGAGGAGACAGCAGCAAUCGACUGUCACCAAGACAGCCCAACCCCAACACAAUACACAGAUGGCAACAGCAGUCACACAGGCAGUGUAGAAGUCCCUGCCCCGGCAGCCAGCAGGCCUUUAGAGGACGUGCCAGACUCAGAGAACCUCAUCUGGAGAGUCUUGCUAGGCGAGCAGAUUGGUCCGGAUGAGCUGCUCACCAACAUCUCAACCAAUCAGCUCCUGACGGAGGGAGAGGGACUGUUCUCGUCGGAGGUGGCGCCGUUGGAGGUGGACUAUAGCAGUGUGGAGCAGGGAAGCCUGUUCCCCCUCAACAGCUCUCUGGGGGAGUUCAGUCUGGGCCCGUGGAGGAAUGAUACUGGAGACCUGCUGUUCCCCAACAGGACGCUGCUGACGGGGUUGAGGAGCAACAACCGCACCAACAGAACCAGGACUAAUCAGAGGUUCCUGCAGAAGAACUUCAAGCUGAGCCCUGCAGACAUGUACCGCUGGAAACUGUCUUCUCAGGAACCCUGCUCCUCCACCUGCUCUAUAGGAGUGUCUAAGUCCUUUGCCAUGUGUGUUCGCUACGACGGCGCUGAGGUGAAUGACAUGCACUGUGACACUAUGACUCGACCUGAGCCUGUUCAUGACUUCUGCAUUGGGAGGGAGUGCCAGCCCAGGUGGGAGGCCAGCAGCUGGAGUGAGUGUUCUCGCACCUGUGGCGAGGGCUUCCAGUUCCGUCUGGUGCGCUGCUGGAAGAUGCUGUCCCCCGGACUGGACAGCUCUGUGUACAGUGACCUCUGCACCCUGGCAGAGCUGGAGAGGCCCCUGGAGCGCCGCGCCUGUAAGAGCCCCACCUGCGGCCCCCAAUGGGAGGUGGCCGAGUGGAAUGAGUGCCCAGCGAAGUGUGGCCGCAGGGCCCAGGUGACCCGGGAGGUCAGGUGUUCAGAUGAAACCAAGUCAUGUGAUCCCCUGACCCGCCCCCUUAACACCAAGAACUGCACAGGCCCGCCCUGCGAGCGCCAGUGGACUGUGUCAGAGUGGGGGCCGUGCUCGGGGUCGUGCGGCCAGGGGAAGAUGGUACGCCACGUGUACUGUAAGACACCAGAGGGCCGUGUGGUGCCUGAAUCCCAGUGCUCUCCGGAGAAUAAGCCCCUGGCCAUCCACCCCUGUGGGGAGAAGGACUGUGCCCCACACUGGCUCACUCAGGACUGGGAGAGUUGUAACACGACAUGUGGCCGCGGUGUGAAGUGGAGGAUUGUGCAGUGCGCCGGCAUCACUGCUGGGAAGUUCCAGACCCACGAUGACGAGGCGUGUGGUGCCAGUGAGAGGCCAGAGACCGAGAACACCUGCUUCGAGAGGCCCUGUUUCAAGUGGUACACCACGCCCUGGUCUGAGUGCACUAAGACAUGUGGUGUGGGUGUCCGGAUGAGAGACGUGAAGUGCUACCAGGGCAGGGAGAUUGUGAGAGGGUGUGACCCCCUGACCAAGCCUGUGGCCAAGCAGACCUGCGCCCUGCAACCCUGUCCCACUGAACCCCCAGAUGAGAGCUGUCAGGACCGUCCCACCACCAACUGCUCUCUGGCUCUGAAGGUGAACCUGUGCAGCCACUGGUACUACAGCAAGGCCUGCUGCCACUCCUGCAGGGCCCAGCACACCUCUUAGUAUUGCCUGACACCCCCAAAACCUUACCCUGCAGCUCUCCAACCCCCACCCCUUACCUCCACCAGACCCCCACAAACCCCUUACCUCCAACCACUGCAAACCCAUACCCACAACCCUCCUACUUCCAGCCAAAGAGCCCUCUACCCCAGACUACUAGUCAACAAACUACCCCCCAGUAGGUUACUCUACUACCCCCCCCAGUAGGUUACUCUACUACACCCCAGUAGGUUACUCUACU